AUGGGUUGUUCUGGCUCAGACAUCCUUUAUCCUUUGUCCAGACCGGCUCCUAAACGAAGGUGGAGGUGGAAGGUUCCGGUACAGGCUGACGACGACUGGGAAGUUUGUUCCGCUUUAGGACCGGGCUGGAAACGCAAAGUGGUGUUCCGUCGCUCGACCACCCUGCCCGCUAAGAGGAAGUGGGAUACGUACUACUGCAGUCCUUGUGGGGACCGCAUGAGGAGCAAGGUUGAACUGGCCAAAUACCUCCGUGGUGGCAUGGACCUCUCUCGUUUUGACUUCCAGUCAGGACUCUUCUUGGAUGAGAAGAGCAGGUUGAAGCGUUUGAACCACUUGGAGGAAGUUCACUCCUCUAGUACGAGCACCUCCAGGGCUGGGACCCCUAUGACCGACACCCCCAGGACAGGCACUCCAGACCUGGACCGAAACCACACCCCUGAUGGCCUCCCUGGAACUCCCCAGCGCACCCCACAGAGUCAGGCCAGCUUCCCGCACAUCACACAGUCCCCCACGGUUGUUAUCCACAUCAGCCUCCCCACCACCCCUAAGCCAUCCGUGGCCAGUGGCUCCCCCUCCCUCCGUCUGGAGAAGAUCUCCCCACAGAGACUCAGGUCUGUGGCAUCUUCAAGCCGAGACGUGGUCAUCCCUCGUCUGUCUCAGUCUCUCCUGCCUCUCAGCCCGACCAAAAAACAGCUCCUUCAGUCAGGACUACAACCGCUCAGCCCGACCAGGAAUCAGCUCUCUCAAUUAGGACUACAACCGCUCAGCCCAACCAAGAAUCAGCUCUCUCAAUUAGGACUACAACCGCUCAGCCCGACCAGGAAUCAACUCUCUCAAUUAGGACUACAACCGCUCAGCCCGACCAAAAACCAGCUCCUUCAGUCAGGACUACAACCGCCUAGCCCAACUAAGAAUCAGCUCUCUCAAUUAGGACUACAAACCCCAGAGAGGCACAGGAAGGUAGUAGUGAUCCGUAAACCAGAUGUGGAUCUGGACCCAAUCACCUCCCCUCCCCCUCAGCACCUUUCCCUGGUGACCCAGUGGACCCAGCAGUGGAGUGGGUCUAAUAUUGUGCUGAAUGGACACAGAGAAAUGGACGCAGAGAAACCAACUUGUACAGGUAGACAUGGACAGGUAGAGUCAGUGGAAGUAACGUCCCUUAGGCCAAGGUCCUACGGUGAGAGGAUUCAACAGAUGAAAACAGCCAAUGACAAAGAUGCUGAGAAGAAACAGUCCCCAAGUAUUGUGUUCAGAAAGGUAAGACCGACCGAACAUGAUCCAUCUCUSCCUGCCUGCCGAACUGUCUUUCCCUCUGCAUGUGUUGGCUACUCCUGUUCUGCUAGUCUGUUCUGCUAGUCCGAUUUGGAUAAGCAUCCUUUUAAUUCUGU